AUGGCCGUCUUACGGUUACUGCUGUUGUUGGCCGCAGUCUGUACACUUGGUAUUGCUCAGCAGUUAACUGCAUCAGAUGGAUCAGCAGUUGCCAUUGCAUUUCAAGAUGACGCAGAUUUUGAUGAUAUCGACAAAAUUGCGGAAAAAAUGUAA